UGUUCCGAGGAAGAAGCGAAGCACACAGUGAUCGAGCAGAAAGUAGGGAAGUGAUCGGGAAACUAAUCGUGUCGAACAAUGACGCUGUCAGCAUCGAUAAUAGCGUUCUCCCUCCUCGUUAACGGUGCUUUGUUCUGCAACGCUCAGUACGAGGGAAGCGACUGCACCGUAGAUAAAUCACCCGGUAUUUGCAAGCGAAUCAUUGAGUGUCCUUCGGUUUACCAAGAGUUAUUGCGGGGAAACCCACCGCGGAUGACAUGCGGCUACAUAAACUUUGACCCUCUCGUGUGCUGUCCGAACGAAGUAUCGAUAACGAUGCCUAAUGACAUCGAUACGAAAAGACCAACGGCGGACUCUCCUACGGAGAAUGUAACGCCGACGACCAAGAGACCGCUUGCUGCUGCUGGCGUUGGCGCCAGAGCACGAGCAAAAUGCGAAGAGUUCUCGAGAAGCGUAUACGCACUGGUGAUUCCGCCUGUCCUGUCGGGCAACCACCGGGAACUGGUGAACACUUCGCUUUGCGCGAGCGUGAUCGGCCGCAAGCUGAUCGUCGGCGGUAAAAAGGCUGACCCGAUGGAAUUCCCGCACAUGGCUGCGGUCGGAUAUGGGAAUCCCGAGGACGGAAUUAAAUGGCAGUGCGGCGGCACCCUGAUCUCGGAAAGAUUCGUCAUUAGCGCCGCCCACUGUAUUUACAGUCUAAACUGGGGAACAGCAUCGUGGGUCCGAGUGGGAGAUCUGAACCUGGAGAGCUCAACCGACCCUGCGAAACCGCAAGAUAUCCGUAUCGUCGAACGGAUAAAACAUCCGAACUACAAGCGACCGUCGGAGUAUCACGACAUCGCAUUGCUGAAAUUAGAAGAAGAGGCGGAGUUCAACGCGUAUGUCAGACCUAGCUGUCUACCGUAUUCGUUACCGGAUUCUGGAGACGAUGGCAAGGCCACCGCGACCGGAUGGGGCCAGGUCGAAUGGGCUGGCGACCAAUCGAACGAUCUGUUGAAAGUUACGAUCAGUUUAAUAGCACAGAAGCAGUGCAACAAAUCGUUCUCGUCUGACAAUACCCAACUCGCGUCAGGAAUCGUGGAGAAUUGGCAGAUCUGCGCCGGUGAAGUGGGAAAGGACACGUGUCAGGGAGACAGUGGCGGGCCGUUGGUCGUCUUUAAUCGAGAUUACUACUGCAUGUACACUUUGAUCGGCGUUACAAGUUUAGGGAAGAUAUGUGGUAGCAUAGCUCCCGGUGUGUACACUCGCGUUUAUAACUACGUUUCCUGGAUAGAAGAUACGGUUUGGCCAGAUUUGACCUCGCUGCAUCCUUCGAAAAGAGAAUACGACAUCCUUGACAUUCGUGUUAAAUGCUCGCACAGCCAAUCACGGUCAUCGAAGUUAUUACACGAGUAUAAAAUUCCGCGCGAAGCAAGACGAGCCGUAGAAGCACGCAGGGAAACCACGAGGCAAGCUGCUGUGUACGAGGAUCGCGGCGAACGAAUCACCGCUAUGAUUAAAUUAUCGAAGCUCGUAUUGAUUUUAUUUAUCUCGAACGGGUCAAUGUUCUGCGGAGCUCAAACGGAGGAAGGUGACUCGUGCAUCGUCAAUGGAUUUGCGGGUAACUGCACCCGCAUUCGCGAAUGUCCUCCGGUUUACAACAACAUAUCCAGAGGGGAAUAUCCACACGUUGUGUGCGGUUACGACAAAUAUGACCCUAUUGUGUGCUGUCCCGUUUCUGCACCCACUACGUCAGCUACUACUAUUAGAACUACCACUGUGGCUACUAGUAUUAGAACUACCACUCCUACGGCUCCUAUCGGCUGGUCCAAAGCACAAAGGAUGUGCACGUAUUAUCAGAGAACCUCUCCCAAAUUUAUUAUCGGUGGUUCAAAAGCAAGAUUCGCGCAGUUCGUGUUUAUGGCCGCGAUUGGAUAUAACUCGGACCAAGGGAUCGCCUGGGAAUGCGGCGGUACGUUGAUUUCGACGAGAUUCGUUUUGACCGCAGCCCAUUGUACUUACAACCAGAACUGGGGUAACGCGUCCUGGGUACGGCUCGGUGCUAUAAACCUGUAUCGUCCGAACAACGAUUCGAAUCCGGUAACGAGGCAAGUGGAGGAGAGGAUAAGAUACGAUCGUUACAAGCGACCGUCGGAAUAUCACGACAUUGCACUGCUCAAACUCGCCGAGCCCGUGACGUUUGGCAGAUUUAUAAAGCCCUGCUGCUUGCCGUUCGCUUACCCGGAUGUUCCGAGCACGGGCAAAGCGGUUGCCGUAGGUUGGGGACAACAAGAGUGGGCCGGAGAGCAAUCGGAAGAUUUGUUAUACGUUAAUGUCGACUUGGUACCGCAACCGAUAUGCAACAGGAGUUUUACCAACGGCAUUAAGGACAACAAACUCGAGUGGGGUAUAGUGGACGGAUGGCAGCUUUGUGCCGGUGGUCUUGGAAAGGAUACUUGUCAGGGCGACAGCGGCGGACCUCUGGUCGCGUAUUUGGACUCUCAGCCGUCCUCAUACACCGUAAUCGGGAUAACGAGCCUUGGAAAAGUUUGCGGCAGCAUCACUCCGGGUGUAUACACUCGCAUUUACAAUUACGUUCCGUGGAUAGAGGACAUAGUUUGGACAGAUGCUGAAGUAGCUGAAGCUAGUUCCUGAUUAUAGUUUAAAAAUGAAAUAAAUUUAUUUACAUCGUUA